GAAACCACCUAAACCCAUCCUCAGGGACAAGCGACAAGCGCAGCUUCUGCAGCCACCCAGGAGCCCGCCUGGGACACCUGCGAGGCCGGGCCGAGACUCUGCUGCUAGCUCUCUCCACGCUGGGAUCUCCCGGCCACAACUCUGUUCCUCUCUCUGCACGCGCGCCCUGCCUGCCACAGCCCGGGCAGGACGAAAUCCCCGCCUCGGAGGUGGCCGAGGGGAGCGCCCGGGAGGGAAGGCGCUAUGGGGGCCAGGCAGUCACGGGCCAGCUCCAGGGACAAGGGCUCCAAGAGGAUGCUGCUCCUGGGGAGGAGACAGAAGUUUUCUCCGUGGGACGACACCCUGCUCUCGGGAAGGGACCCUCGGUCUCUGCUGAAGCGGGGCAUGCGCCACGUCAGCUUCAGCCUGGUCACCAAAGGAAUGACAGACAUCCCCGACUUUCUGUGGGGCUUGUCUGAGGUCCAGAAACUCAAUCUGUCUCACAAUCAGCUCCGGGUCCUCCCUCCCGAGGUGGGGAAACUGACGCGGAUCGUGGUCCUGAACUUGUGCGGGAACCACCUGAGGAGCCUGCCCCGGGAGCUCAGCCUCCUGCAGAGCCUCAAGGUCCUGUUCCUCAACAUGAACUGCCUGGCCGAGGUGCCGGCCGAGCUGAGCUUGUGCAGGAGCCUGGAAGUGCUGAGCUUGUCGCACAACUGCCUGUCCCAGCUGCCCGCCAGCUUCGCAGACCUUUCCAGGCUGAGGAAGCUGAACGUCAGCAACAACUAUUUCGCUCACAUCCCCAUCUGUGUGUUCUCGCUGAAGGAGCUGGAUUUCUUGCACGUGGGCUCCAAUCGCCUGGAAAACAUCGCCGAGAGCAUCCAGUGCCUGGCCAGCCUGCAGAUCUUCAUCGCGGAGAGCAACAACAUCCACUCCUUCCCCAGGUCGCUCUGCCUCCUCACGAGCCUGGAGCUGCUGAACUUGAACAACAACGACAUCCAGACCCUGCCGGACGAGCUGUACCUGCUGCGCGGACUGGCCAAGAUCGCGUGGAACCCCAUGGACAAAGGGCUGCACAUUUCCCACAACCCUCUGGCCAAGCCCCUGCCGGAGCUGGUGGAGGGGGGCCUGGAGAUGCUCUUCAGCUACCUGAAGGACAAAAAACACAACUGACGCGGGCACCGCAGGCACGGACGGGAGCCAGCUCCCUGGACUGUCAACUGGGGUACUUCUCUCGUCUAAACUUUCUACUCUUGUCGUUAGUGUCUGUCAGUGCUCUUGUUAAUGUUUGCUAAGUCGUUGUGGAACCUUCAUCCUAGGCAGGUGUUUGUCUUAACCUUGUAUGCUCCUAAUAACCUCCAGGAUAAUGUCACAUGUUCAUCUCAUGCUAUACAUAAAUUCAAACCGGCCUUUGGUUUUUCUCCAAAGAGAACUAACUGCUCUGAGUCUUCUGAGAAGUAGCGAGACCCAGCUCUCGGAGGAGUGGACAGCAGGUCUGAAUUCAAUGUAAUUCAAAAGUCUAGUAUUUGCUAAGUGUGUACUGUGUGCCAAGCAUGGUGUGAGGUGUUGGAACCACCUGGUUUCAGAUGGUUUCUACCUUGUACUGGCAACCGGUGGCCAGGUGGCAGCAGCAAGACGUGUUCCUCAAACAAGCAUUAUUUGGGACCAAAAAGCAAGCCAGAGCUGUGCUCUGUCGCCAACGACCAAAACAGGCAGUGCUUUCCCCUGGAGCUCUGGGGGAACGAUCAUAGAAUUUUUUCUCUCAAAUGGCUGUACAGUAAUACACUGCUCAUGUUGAUGUCUGGUGGUGAGUAACAGAGGUAGCAUGAUGGCGUUCAGAUA